UCGGAGCUUCGCAUUCGCGAUCGUUGUUUAGUUGAGUAGAUCGCUUUGAAGCAAUCGAAUUUGUAUAACUAUACCUCGUAAGCGAUAAGAGGCAACAUACAUAUAUGGGCUUGAGGACGUGCGUGAGGUUGUGCUGGACAGCUGUGCCGACGAUACUGUUUAUUCUUAUCCAAUGUGGCCGGGCGGAGGAGGAGGUGGUCUUGCCCUGCGAGAUGACCGCUUCGAGCUCCAACCAAACGUUGUGGCGGGAAGGCGGCGACGUGGACCUGUUCUGCGGGUGUAGCAACGCUGAAAAGGAUUUGAGUUUAAAGGAGCAUUUGACAAUGAAGUUCGACGGCCUCGAGGUGGACAUAUCGGAGGUGGACAACAGUGGAACUACCUUUAAGGGGAAACCUGGACUUUUAACCCAGAACGCGCAAGUAAUGUUCGAGUGUUAUUUUGAUACGUACUUAAUUGGUGGAUUUAACGUCAAAGUGUUCGCCAAGUUGAAUGUGGCGGACUUUGAGUGCCGAUACCGAUACCAUGGAAGAGAUGAGAUAAGAUGCACCUUCACCCGAUCGGACGGCGCUAACUUCUGGGCCUUAACCCACUAUGAGCUUAUGGCGGACAACACUCCAUUUGCCUGCAGUGUAAACAAGAAUGACGCCACGCAAAUUCAGUGCACUGUGGAUAUCAACCGGAACGACGUAAUAUCCGAUAGUAUGAUUUUCAGACUCACCAUGCUCGACACCCUGGGCAUCCAGACACAGGAGUUCAAUCGGACCGAGGACGAGAUGACGGAGCUGGAGUGGUCAGCGGAUCGUUACAUCAAUAAUACUUGCGUUUCGUGGAACCAUUUACACGUGCAAGGCUCCACGGAAACACUUGAAUGGGAUGUGCAGCUGCAGUGCGUCAAAUAUCCUCACCUGGUGAAGAAUCUAACUAGGUACACAGAGCGCAUGCCAAAGGACAUGACGGAUAGGAUUUGCUUCGAAAAUCUGGAAGGCAAUCAGAAAUUCACGGUGCGCUUAAGGCGUCGCCUCAAUGUGACCGGUGCACCCUGGUCGGAACAGCACCCCGAGUUCGAAAUCGAAACGGAUGCCACUCGACCAGCCCGCCCUCCAAAAUUCCUGCCCCUGGGCUACCAUUACAACCAGGACAAUCACGAGCUAAGGGUUUACUGGGAGCCGCUCGAGGAACUGGAAUUCAACGCUCCGGAACUGGACUACGAAGUCACCACCAACACAGGCAAAUUGGGCAACAGUACCGACAGAACUUCCGCGGUAUUCAAGGAAUGGGACUACGAAAACCCGGCCACAGUGUUUGUGGCGAGCAGGAACAUAAAGGGCAUUUCGGUGAACAGGAGCCGACUGGAGGUGCCCGAACUGUCCGAUGCCAUGGACCGAAGGUGCCAGCACUUGGCCCAUGACGACAACACCCAAAUCCUCAGCUGGACAAAGCCCGUGGAGGAGAAAAAUCUCGAAGGCUACUUUGUCUACUGGUGCAACAAAACCACAUGCCAGGCGGACUCAACCACAGAGCUGAAGUACGAUUUAUCCGACAUGAGUCCGAAUCGAAUGGCCGUGGCGGCCAAUUAUGGUGCUGACAAGAGUGGCGGCAUGAAGUGGUUGCACGAGGACCAAGUGGGGGUCACCGGCAGGAUCCGGUAUGUGGAGGGCAUCCUUGCCCUGCUGGUGCUCGGUGUCUUCUUCCUCGGCGUUCGGAAGCUUCGGAAUAUGGCGAAGAUCGAUGUCAAAGUGCCCCCGGGAGUGCUGAUGCCUAGGGCGCCCUUUGACCCUGACCAGUCUCCGCUCAUACAACCCUAUCAGGGAAUUCCGCAUCCGAGAAUGCUCUAUUCAGACCUCAAGAAGACGGAACCCCCCGACGAUUACCCCGAUGUGCAGAUUGAAGUGGAGUUCGAGGUGGAGGUGGAGGAGGGGGAGGAGUCACAGGAACCAGAGCCAAUGGCACUGCCCUGCGGAUAUGUGUCCAAUGGAUAUGUGACCAUGAACACAGCAAAUCCCAUAUUGAGCGAUGGAUACAUUAAGCCACCGCCUCCGCGAUGACAUUUAGUCUUGUGGCGUUACAGUACUUACGCAUCGCUAUCAAUCAAUCAAUCAUAUUCACGCAAUCAUCCAGAGUUCCGCUGAAAACGUUUCUUAACUAUUUUCUUUAUCACAUCCUGGUAUUAUAAUUUAUUUGAGGCGUGAAACCCACCAACAACCCUGUAAAGCUUAUGUAUUUAUAUUCCUGAUCACCCAUUACAUAUCAAGUGACUAUGUAUGUAUAUAACACAACAGCUAGAGAAUUGAAAUCGGAUAUGUAUAAAAAUUGUUUUUUCUAAUUUA